GGGAGAGAGGCAGGGGAUAAAACGGAAUGAGUUUGAGAGAGAGAGGCCUGAGCUAGCAAUUAUGCUAAUGGACACUCUGAAUCCUUCCUUGACCCUUGCUGUGUUUUAACGUGUAUCUCUUUCCCUCUUCAUGUAGAGAAAAACCACAACCGAUGGGUCAGAAACUGGAGAAAGUGUCCGAAAAGGAAGGAGGCACGUCAAACAUCUCCAAUGGAAGAGUGCAGCCGGAACCAGCUGGAGCGGAGGCCCAGUUGGAGCGCAGUGAACAGGCUGGUGCUGGCAACAGUGCUGGAGCUGGGUGCCCUGGGACAAGAGGAAGACUGAGUGUCAGCAGCAACCUGGCCACAGAAGAGGGGAGCCAUGACAUCACCGCCACCCCUGCCCCGACUGACGCCAUGUGCCAGGAGCCAAUGAGCCCCGCUCUAGACGAGGAACAGAGCCCCCCGACCGCCGGGGGAGGGGACGGAGGAGGCAGGGCUGUCACACGUAAGACAGACGGUGUCCUCGGCUCUGACAGGAGCACACAACACUCAGAGCCCUUAACGCACGAGAAAGCUGUAGGCGGUAAGAAAAGGGUCGACGCGAUGGAAGAGCAAGCCAGGAGUAAAUCCCUGACUGGAUGGGGGCGCAGGGACACAGAUGUAGAGGACAGGACAGAUCCGUCCAACACAGAACCAACCGAGGAGGACUUUGUUCUUCUGGAGAAGGAUGAUAACAAACCUCGGCACCCUCCAGUGUUGACCACUGACCCAGAGGGGAACGCCUCUGUUGCUGGGGAUGAUCAGAGGCCCGUUGAGGACAGUCUUCAGGUGUCUUCGGGAAAGAAAGACCAGGAAUCCGCCAAGGAGACCUCACAGACCUUCUCAACGUAUGGUGACGAGAAAAGCAAAUCGCAGUGUUUGUCACAAGUAGUGAGGUAUGAGGAGGCGAGCAGCACGGGGAACCUUUACGGCUGCGAUGCACAUUCGCCGUGGUCACAUGCCGCUCGUUCAGAAAGAGCAGAUCCACGUUCGGCUGAACACGAGAGGAUCGGUGAUAAACGCUGUUCUAAUGAUGAUUUAAUUCGAUUGAACAUAGAGGAAGAACUCGAUGAGGAAACUGAACAGUUAACUACGCUCAUCUCAGAAGCAAAGCCUGAUACCAUUAGUUGUUCACAAACCGAGAAAGAGGAAGAAGCCCCGGCCACACCCAUGUAUGAGCCACCACAGAUGAAAGACACACUGAGAAGGGAGGCAGAGCCAGACUGUGUGAAAGAUAACAGGUUUGGAGCAAGCAAAUCAAAUCGAUGUGAACCUGGAGGACCUGGGUCAUCAACAACAGAUCUACACAACUACAGGCGGCACGCUCCCCAGCCUUCACCAAGGCUAAAAGCCAAAGAGGGCAGUGACAAAAAGGAAGUGGAGAGUGCACUGCUAGCGCAACAAAACAGUAUUGACUUCACCCAGACAGAGGACAGAACCGGUUCCGGCGUUUGUCUGCAUGCAUCCGUUCCAGUGGAGAGGCCUAAGACCAAGGGUCCUCCUCCACCAGUCCCAAAGAAGCCCAAAAACCCCUUUAAAACUCCCGCUGUGAAAACACGCUCUGUGGAUGAGCAGCAGAGAGCGGAUGAUUAUCACCGCAAAGACAAGAAGAGGAGACAUUCCCAUCAGGUCAACCGACAGGUUUGUCACACGGCCCCGGAGGACCUCUGUGUUCUAUGGGACAACACCGGGGCUGCUUACACUGUUCCUUCCAACGUGUACACGGCAGAUAACUUUCAUCCAACGGACGAUGAUUUGGAACAACAUAGGACACCAACCCGGGAGGAAAAGUAUCGAAACAUCAUUGAUUUUAACGCUUGGGCACAAAUGGUAAAACGUGCCGCAGAAGAGGAGGAACCGAAACAACUAGACAUGUUGGAUGAACGAUCCUGUUUGGAAAAGAAGGCUAAACUCAAAGGCCCACCGCCUCCUGUACCUAAAAAGCCCAAGAUUCGGUUUGUCCCAGAAACGGUUCCGACGUCAGACGACGUAGCUUGGCCUUCAGAUGACGAGGAGAUACAUGCACUACAGAAGCUGUUGUGUGGGAGUGUGGAAGACGAUGACCCCGAGCUCCGGCUGGAUAAGGUCAGCACAGAUGUCCGCCGGGAGAAUGUCAGUGACCUCGGUGACCAGAGAGUUCAUAGCGGUCGGUGUGGGCGUGGCGGCUGUGAGGUCGUGCCUGAAGCUGGCAUGCAGACAUAUAGGCCGGUGGCCCAACUCAUUAAGCAGACCAACCAGAUGCACCAGAGUAUCAGGAAAGCAGAGCGGACAGAACCCCUCGCCACCAAGUGCAUUGCAGGGCCUGUGGCCCAGGGGCCGAGUCUGAAGGUAUCACAGAUGAGGAAGUCCUUUGAUGUCACUAAGAGGCCUGCAGAAACACCACCAGUAACAAAGCCAGAAUCCAAAAAAGCAGAUAUGUUCAGGCGAGUGGUACGAGCGAGCAAGUUCCGUCAUGUCUUUGGCCAGGCGGUGAAGAACGACCAGUGUUACGAUGACAUCCGCGUCUCCCGGGUCACGUGGGACAGCUCCUUCUGUGCCGUCAACCCCAAAUUUGUCGCCAUCAUCAUCGAGGCCAGCGGGGGCGGAGCCUUCCUCGUCCUGCCUCUCCAAAAGACGGGUCGCAUAGACAAGGCCUACCCGACAGUCUGCGGUCACACGGGUCCGGUCCUGGAUAUCGACUGGUGCCCUCACAACGACCACGUCAUCGCCAGCGGCUCAGAGGACUGCACGGUUAUGGUGUGGCAGAUUCCGGAGAACGGUCUGGUCACCCCAUUGGCCGAUCCUGUGGUGGUGUUGGAGGGGCACUCCAAGAGGGUGGGCAUCGUCACCUGGCACCCCACUGCCCGCAACGUCCUAAUGAGCGCCGGCUGCGACAACCUGAUCAUCAUCUGGAACGUGGGGACGGGCGAGGCAAUGAUACAGCUGGAAGAUAUGCACCCGGACGUCAUCUUUAGCGCCUGCUGGAGCCGCAACGGAGCCCUCAUCUGCACCGCCUGCAAGGACAAGAAGAUCCGCGUGAUCGACCCCCGCAAGGAGAAGAUCGUGGCGGAGAAGGACAAGGCCCACGACGGCGCGCGGCCCAUGAGGGCCAUCUUCCUGGCCGACGGGAACAUCUUCACCACCGGCUUCAGCCGCAUGAGCGAGAGGCAGCUGGCGCUCUGGAACCCCAAAAGCAUGGACGAGCCCAUAUCGGUCCACGAGCUGGACACCAGCAACGGAGUGCUGCUGCCCUUCUACGAUCCGGACACCAACGUCGUCUAUCUGUGCGGGAAGGGCGACAGUAGCAUCCGGUACUUCGAGAUCACGGACGAGGCCCCGUACGUCCACUACCUCAACACCUUCUCCAGCAAGGAGCCCCAGAGGGGUAUGGGGUACAUGCCCAAGCGAGGGCUGGACGUGAACAAGUGCGAGAUUGCCAGGUUUUAUAAACUGCACGAGAGAAAGUGCGAGCCCAUCAUCAUGACAGUCCCCCGUAAGUCAGACCUGUUCCAGGAUGACCUGUAUCCAGACACAGCCGGGCCAGACUGCGCCAUCGAAGCGGAGGACUGGUUUGACGGGAAGAACGGCGAGCCCAUCCUCAUCUCCCUGAAGAACGGCUAUGUCCCUGGCAAGAACCGUGACCUCAAGGUGGUCAAGAAGUCCAACAUCCUGGAGGGCAAGCCAGCCAAGAAAGAAGAGAACACCUCGCCCGCCAAGACCAAGGCCUCUCCGCAGUUGUCGAUAAAAAAUGAAGGGAAACUGGAGGAGCUACUGCGAGAGGUCAAGUCGCUCAGGGACCUCGUCACCCUACAGGACCGUCGGAUCGCCAAACUGGAGGACCAAAUCUCCAAGGUCGCCAUUUAAGACUGGGCCCCCCGCUCAGGACCAAUCAUUGGCUGGGAGAGAAUCAAGUGGGCGGGGCCCGUCACUGCCAAAAUCUGAGAAUUCGGCAUCAUCAUUCCGCUUGGCGUUUGCCCGGCGACGAUCCCAACCACACAUUCCAAGAUGAACUUUUUAUUUCUCAUCAUGCCUACCCUCACACUUUCCUCUAAAACACUUAGAGAAAAAACUGUUGCAGUUCAUAGUCCACCUUUUUUACUGGAGAUGAAAUGCAUUUGAAUAACUGCAAUUUUUUUUCGUUGAUGGAAAAGUCUUACUGUUUUGUUAUGGUUUUAAAUUGUGGUGAAGAACAUUCUGAUAUGAAGUUGGUUCUUACUGCGAAUCUAUCAACAAUUGUGUGUAGCCAUCAGUAUUGCCAUAUUCCCUUGAUUUUUGUGCUGCCAAAUUUGGUGUGUGUGUGUAGUUCAUGCACCGCUUUUACAUUUUUACUUAUUGUGUGUCUUCUCUAUGGUUGUGCAUUCCAGUUCCAGACUAUAUGGUCAUAGACUAUAGUUCCACUUUCAAAAGAAAGACGAAAGAAGUCCAAAUGUCCCCGCCAAGCUUUGGUAUUGAGCGUCAGGCCCGUGAAAGGGGAAGGAUGUCCUCUGACUGAUCCUGUCAGCUCCUGCUCAUCUGGGUGUAGAUUUGAACUGUGGGGGUGUCUGGAGGCAGUGGGGUGGGGAUUAACCGCUGUUCUCUCCGGUGUAAAAUGUUGUGUAAAUGUAGUGUUGCCUCUGUCACUCUGUGGCUGGUAGUAGAGGUCAGUCUGAGUGAUGUGGGAUAUGGGGACCAGUCUCUCAGCACUUGUUUCACUCAACCCUCUGACAUAUAGUUCUGUGCAUGCAAUAAAGAUUUUACUCAUGCCAAUGUCUUCUCCACAAUAAAUCCCUAAAUUCUUCCUUUGCA